AUGGGCAUCUUCAACUUCGAGGACCAGCUCCUCCAGUAUGGCCAAUAUCACCAUGCUAAACUAAACCAGCUUGUUCACUUCGUGUUUGUCCCCACGAUUCUGUGGACUGUCCAAGUUUGGCUCACACAAACGCCAACCUUUGGAGAGUGGGCGUUCACCUACCUGUGGCCUUUGAACGCCGCUUUCAUCGUGACGGCGGUUUACAACAUCUAUUACAUCGUGUUGGAUCCUGUUGCUGGCACUUUGUAUGCCCCCGUUCUGUUCGGUCUCCUGCAUUACGCCAACACCUUCGCGGCUAAGGAUCAAGUGUUUGAUGUUUCUCCGCAGAUCGCUGCCGUCGCCAUUCACGCCAGCAGCUGGAUUGCCCAAUUCUUGAGCCACGGCCUCAUCGAGGGACGCGCGCCCGCCUUGCUGGAUAACUUCUUCCAAGCACUCGUCCUCGCGCCAUUCUUCGUCUGGGUCGAGAUGCUCUUCACUCUAGGCUACCGCCCACAACUCCAAGAGCGCCUCGACUCCCGUAUCAAACACGCGAUUGGGGAGUGGAAGGCGUCGAAGACUAAGAAGGUCAAGUAA